GUUUUGCCAGAAAACUAAACUUAAUCAGUUGGUUAUUAUUAAAAAAUAAACUUGUGUUUUUCUUAAUAUUUAAAAUGAGAUGCUGUAAAUCGGGUCUACUAUCGAGUACCUUGGUAGUACUUGUUCUGGCUUGCGUCAUUUCAAAAGCGACCGCUCAGGACUUGGAGAAGCCCGAUACGGAAUUUUUAAGCAACUGCGUUAAAGGAUGUAGCCUCAACGAUUGUCAGAAUGGUGAAUGCAGUUGCAAGGAAGGAUUCUAUAGGAAACUAGGUAGCGAGCAUUGCGUUGAGAAUGUUUGUAUUCCGCAAUGUUUGGAAAACCAAAAGUGCUCGUAUGGCAGUUGCACUUGUGUAGAGGGCUAUGAAAAUUAUGGGGUGGGCGGUGCCGUCAAUUGUAGCAAACCAGCUGAGAAGAAGAAAAACAAUUGCCCUGAAGAUUGUGGCCUAAAUGGAUAUUGUUUGAAUACAACAUGCAUUUGUAAGGAAGGAUUCUACAAGAAACUAGGUCAAGAAGACUGCGUUGAGAAUGUUUGCAUUCCGCAGUGCUUGGAAAAUCAAAAAUGCUCGAAUGGCAGCUGCACUUGUAUAGAGGGCCAUGAAAAUUAUGGCGUAGGUGGUGCCAUCAAUUGUAGUAAGCCGCUUGGGAGCACAGAAAUCAGAAAUAAAUCUGUGAAUGUUAUAGCACCUGUAACCCACAGCACCACAACAACAACAACAACAUCAUCAACAACGACAACACCACCCGCAACUUCCACACAGAAUCCAACAUCAACAACGAUAACAACUUCCACAGAGAAUCCAACAACCACACAAAAACCGAAAGAAAUUACGACAUCUGCCAAACCAACACCUAAACCCAAGCCACAUACUCGAAAAUCUGGCAUGAGUCCAUGGGCAAUUACGGGAAUUAUUUUUCUAGUGGCUUGCCUAGUAGGAUUUGGUGGAUUCAUGUUAUACAGACACAAGCAACGCGGCGCUUACAGGGCUACCUCCACAACCUUCCGCUAGGAAAAAUAUUAAUAACAUAAAGUAAUUUAAUUUGUA